ACGACAACAACAGAGUUCGGAUCUUGAUACAACUUUUGUCAGUUAAAGGGAAACUGAGAUCCAGGACGGUGAGAUGGCUCAGAGAGAAUUUCAACUGGAGCAGGAAACGUUCUGCUGUCCGAUCUGUCUGGAUCUACUGAAGGAUCCGGUGACUACUGGCUGUGGACACAGCUACUGUAAGAGCUGUAUUAACACCCACUGGGACAAUGGGGAGGAGAGAGAAAGCUACAGCUGUCCUCAGUGUAGAGAGACCUUCACACCGAGGCCUGUCCUGGUGAAAAACACCAUGUUAGCUGCUUUAGUGGAGGAGCUGAAGAAGACUGGACUCCAAGCUGCUCCUGCUGAUCACUGCUAUGCUGGACCUGAAGAUGUGGUCUGUGAUGUCUGCACUGGGAGAAAAUUGAAAGCUCUCAAGUCCUGUUUGGUUUGUUUGGUAUCUUAUUGUGAAAAACACCUCCAGCCUCACCUUCAGUCAGCUCCAUUGAAGAAGCACAAGCUGGUGGAGCCCUCGGAGAAGCUCCAGGAGAACAUCUGCUCUCGUCACAAUGAGGUGAUGAAGAUGUUCUGCCGCACUGAUCAGCAGUGUAUCUGUUAUCUCUGCUCUGUGGAGGAACAUAAAGACCACGACACAGUGUCAGCUGCAGCAGAAAGGACUGAGAGGCAGAGAGAGCUCGGGCUGAGGAGACAAACCAUCCAGCAGAGAGUCCAGGACACAGAGAAAGACGUGAAGCUGCUUCAACAGGAGGAGAAGGACAUCAAUGGCUCUGCUGAUAAAGCAGUGGAGGACAGUGAGGAGAUCUUCACUGAGAUGAUCCGUCUGCUGGAGAAAAGAAGCUCUGAUGUGAAGCAGCAGAUCAGAUCCCAGCAGGAAACUGAAGUGAGUCGAGUCAGAGAGCUUCAGGAGAGACUGGAGCAGGAGAUCACUGAGCUGAAGAGGAAAGACCAGGAAGUGAAGCAGCUCUCAGACACAGAGGAUCACAACCAGUUUCUACACAACUACCCCUCACUGUCACCACUCAGUGGAUCUACACACUCAUCCAGCUUCAGGACCCGUCCUCUGAGGUACUUUGAGGACGUGACAGCAGCUGUGUCCCAGGUCAGAGGUCGACUACAGGACAUUCUGAGUGAGACAGAGACAGAGAUUUUACAGAUUGUGUCUCAAGUGGAUGUUUUACUGCCACAACCAGAGACCAGAGCUAACCUCUUAAGAUAUUCACAGGAAAUCACACUGGAUCCAAACACAGCAUACAAAUAUCUGUUAUUAUCUGAGAGAAACAGAAAAGUAACAUGUAAGAGAAAAAAAAAGUCUUAUUCUAAUCACCCAGACAGAUUUACUUAUUGGCCUCAGGUCCUGAGUAGAGAGAGUCUGACUGGACGUUGUUACUGGGAGGUGGAGGUGGAGCGUGGGGUGUAUGGAGGAGUUGGUAUAGCAGUCACAUACAAGAACAUCAGCAGAGCAGGAGACUCACCUGAAUGUGAAUUUGGAUUCAAUGAUAAAUCUUGGUCAUUAUAUUGUUAUAGAAACAGUUAUAACUUUCAUUACAACAGCAUCAGGACUCCAGUGUCAGGUCCUGUGUCCUCCAGAGUAGGAGUGUACCUGGAUCACAGUGCAGGUGUUCUGUCCUUCUACAGCGUCUCUGACACCAUGACUCUCCUCCACAGAGUCCAGACCACAUUCACUCAGCCUCUCUAUGCUGGAGUUAGGGUUUAUUAUGAUGGAUCCACAGCUGAGUUCUGUAAACUCACCUCAUUCACUGCAGAGACACAGACCGGAGCUCAAACUAACACAGUGAAACUCAUCUGUCAUCUGUCAUUGUCACUGAGGAAUGAAAUGGAGCAGAGAGAAUUUCAACUGGAGCAGGAAACGUUCUGCUGUCCGAUCUGUUUGGAUCUACUGAAGGAUCCGGUGACCACUGGUUGUGGACACAGCUACUGUAAGAGCUGUAUUAACAACCACUGGGACAAAGGGGAGGAGAGAGGAAGCUACAGCUGUCCUCAGUGUAGACAGACAUUCACACCGAGACCUGUCCUGGAGAAAAGCACCAUGUUAGCUGCUUUAGUGGAUGAGCUGAAGAAGACUGGACUCCAAGCUGCUCCUGCUGAUCACUGCUAUGCUGGACCUGAAGAUGUGGCCUGUGAUGUCUGCACUGGGAGAAAACUGAAAGCUCUCAAGUCCUGUUUGGUUUGUUUGGCCUCUUAUUGUGAAAAACACCUCCAGCCUCACCUUCAGUCAGCUCCAUUGAAGAAGCACAAGCUGGUGGAGCCCUCGGAGAAGCUCCAGGAGAACAUCUGCUCUCGUCACGACGAGGUGAUGAAGAUGUUCUGCCGCACUGAUCAGCAGUGUAUCUGUUAUCUCUGCUCUGUGGAGGAACAUAAAGACCACGACACAGUGUCAGCUGCAGCAGAAAGGACUGAGAGGCAGAGAGAGCUCGGGCUGAGGAGACAAACAAUCCAGCAGAGAGUCCAGGACACAGAGAAAGACGUGAAGCUGCUUCAACAGGAGGAGGAGGCCCUCAAUGGCUCUGCUGAUAAAGCAGUGGAGGACAGUGAGGAGAUCUUCACUGAGAUGAUCCGUCUGCUGGAGAAAAGAAGCUCUGAUGUGAAGCAGCAGAUCAGAUCCCAGCAGGAAACUGAAGUGAGUCGAGUCAGAGAGCUUCAGGAGAGACUGGAGCAGGAGAUCACUGAGCUGAAGAGGAAAGACCAUGAACUGAAGCAGCUCUCAGACACAGAAGAUCACAACCAGUUUCUACACAACUACCCCUCACUGUCACCACUCAGUGGAUCUACACACUCAUCCAGCUUCAGGAUCCGUCCUCUGAGGAACUUUGAGGACGUGACAGCAGCUGUGUCCCAGGUCAGAGGUCGACUACAGGACAUUCUGAGUGAGACAGAGACAGAGGUUUUACAGAUUGUGUCUCAAGUGGAUGUUUUACUGCCACAACCAGAACCAGAGACCAGAGCUGACUUCUUAAGAUAUUCACAGGAAAUCACACUGGAUCCAAACACAGCAUUCAGACAUCUGUUAUUAUCUGAGGGAAACAGAAAAGUAACAAGUAUGAGUGAAGAUCAGUCUUAUUCUAAUCACCCAGACAGAUUCACUGGUUGUCAUCAGGUCCUGAGUAGAGAGAGUCUGACUGGACGUUGUUACUGGGAGGUGGAGGUGGAGCGUGGGGUGUAUGGAGGAGUUGAUGUAGCAGUCACAUACAAGAACAUCAGCAGAGCAGGAAACUCAGAUGACUGUGAAUUUGGAUUCAAUGAUAAAUCUUGGUCAUUAUAUUGUUAUAGAAACAGUUAUAACUUUCAUUACAACAGCAUCAGGACUCCAGUGUCAGGUCCUGUGUCCUCCAGAGUAGGAGUGUACCUGGAUCACAGUGCAGGUGUUCUGUCCUUCUACACAGUCUCUGACACCAUGACUCUCCUCCACAGAGUCCAGACCACAUUCACUCAGCCUCUCUGUGCUGGAGUUAUGGUUUGUCAUUAUCCUGGAUCCACAGCUGAGUUCUGUAAACUUAAAUAGACUCGAGUCAUUAAAAGCAGUGAUUUAGAAUCUGUGUUUAAAUCUUUAACUUCUCUUGUCUCCAUGUUUGUUGAUCACAGUUCGUCGUGGUGACGUUUCUGCUCCGCACAGAGAUCAGCUGUCAAUCAUUCCUGACAGGCGGCACUAUGACGUCCUCUCAUUGGUCCUUGUGUUGAUGUUUCAGUUUGUUGAUCUGGACUCAUGUUGCAUAUCACUGCUCGUUCCUUCAAGCUGCAGAAGCUUGGGUGAAGCUUUCACAUUUCUCCUUGCAGAACAAGUGCAAUCUGAAAACUGAUGCACCACCACAAGAGGGCGCCUUUGUUUUGUGGACCACACCCUGUGGUUUAUGUUGUGCACACAACUUUCAUGUGUCAGGCUGGACUCUGUCACAGCCUGGCUCUAUGAAACAUUCUAACAUGUCGUGUGGGUGCAUGUCCCGUCCACAUGUCCAUGUGGAAACAUCUAUAGUGUGUUUUUUGUCUUAUUUUUUUAAUACUGUGUGUUAAAAUUACUGCAUUGUUUCAGUUUUCCAGCUUUGUUUUCUUCUCCACCUCCUGAGCUGAAAAGGUGAAAUACGUGACAUCACUUUUAAUAAUAAUAAUCCCCGACAUGAGCAUUUGUUUUCAUUGUUUGCUUCUUUAAAGUGGUUUAAGUCUUUAUUUGUGUUUUCCGUUGAAGAAUUGUUAAUGUGCUUAUUUGGUUGUUGUCUUGAAAAAGCAGUAAGUGUAUAGUCGGGGGACUUUGUUUUUAGGGCUGCAACUUAUUCAGUGAUUGAUUUCAUCAGUUCA